GAGGUGGGCCUUGGACCAGAGAAAAUGCUUUAAUUAAGUGACAAGCGGGCAGAGGCCUCUGUUCCAGGUGCCGGCCGCCACGGGCGCUGCUGAUGGCACGGGAAGCAGACCCUGUUCCCCUCCAGCCUCCGGCGUUGGAAUGGCUGCCGCCGCGCGGUGCAGGUCUGGAAAGUAGCAGUUUGGCACGGGACCCUAGAAUUCUCCAAAAGGAGCCACUAGGGCCUGGGAUUCUGGAAUUUAAGUGUGGACGGGGUGGUGGGUGCGAGAGCGGAGACCCUGGUGGGCACGGGGACACCUGCAGGCUGGAGGCCCCCGCGAGCUCCCGCGGCAGCCUGGCAAACAGGUUCUCCAUCCCCGGGGAGGACGCAGCAGGGGGCGGAGAAUCGCCCCGCUCGCCGGGACCAGGUGCGGGGGCCCUGCCCAGCCGCUGGGGCGUGGCCAGGCUCGAGGUACCCAGGUGCCUGGGGCCGACUCUAAGCCCUGGCGCCGGGAAGGAGAGGGCGGCGGAUUGGACCUCCCGGCUCCAGCUUUGCAGCUGGGCGCGCGGCCUCCGGGUCCACGCAAGGAUGCGGCGGCUGCUUGGAAGCCAGGUAGGCUGCCCGGCGUGAAGCUCUCGUGCAGGUCAAUGCCGGGACGGCGGGGCGGGGCGCGGUUCCUUGCAUGCCGGAUCUGGGCAGCGGUGGGUCCAAGGGCCAUCGCCCUAGCCCGGGGCGCUAGGGCUCGGCGUCAGGGGAGGGGCGGGGCUCCAUCUUCUUGGCACCUGCCCGGCCCGGGAGGGCGGAGGCUGCUAACCUCCCGGCCGCGCCCCCUCCUUCCUCCCCUCCCCAAACCCUCGCUGCCAGUCCGGGCAGGCUGCGCGGAGGGGAGGGCUGCGGGGCCGGAGAGCCGGGCGCCUGGCGUUCCGGGGGCCGCCGGAUAUGGCCAGCCUUGGUGGACGGCGCGCUCUGGCCACCCGAAGCGUGGAUCUGCCGCCUUCAAGGAGCUCAGCCAUGUGGCCACUGAGCCAUCGUCACCUCUGUCUGGCCUUCCUGCUAGUCUGUGUCCUCUCUGCAAUCUCCUUCUUCCUCCACAUCCACCAAGACAGCAUUCGACACGGCCUAGGCCUGUCGGUCCUGUGUCCAGACCGCCACCUGGUGACACCCCCCGUGGCCAUCUUUUGUCUGCCGGGUACCCCGAUGAGCCCCAACACCUCCUCUCCCUGUUCCCAGCACCUUGCCUCCCUCUCCGGCACCUGGACGAUCUACCCCGAUGGCCGGUUUGGUAACCAAAUGGGGCAGUAUGCCACGCUGCUGGCCCUGGCCCAGCUCAACAGUCGCCGAGCCUUCAUCCUGCCCGCCAUGCACGCCGCGCUGGCCCCAGUCUUCCGCAUCACGCUGCCCGUGCUUGCCCCAGAGGUGGACAGCCGCACGCCCUGGCAGGAGCUGCGGCUUCACGACUGGAUGUCGGAGGAGUACGCGGAUUUGGGGGAUCCUUUCCUGAAGCUCUCCGGCUUCCCCUGUUCCUGGACUUUCUUCCAUCAUCUCCGGGAACAGAUCCGCAGUGAGUUCACGCUGCACGACCACCUUCGCGAAGAGGCGCAGAGCGUGCUGCGGCGGCUCCGCCUGGGGCGCUCGGGGGACCGGCCGCGCACGUUUGUGGGCGUCCACGUGCGCCGUGGGGACUACCUCCAGGUGAUGCCUCAGCGCUGGAAGGGCGUGGUGGCCAACAGCGCCUACCUCCGGGAGGCCAUGGACUGGUUCCGGGCACGGCAUGAAGCCCCGGUGUUUGUGGUCACCAGCAACGGCAUGGAGUGGUGUAGAGAAAACAUCGACACCUCGAAGGGCGAUGUGAUGUUUGCUGGCGACGGACAGGAGGCUUCCCCGUGGAAAGACUUUGCCCUGCUCACGCAGUGCAACCACACCAUCAUGACCAUCGGCACCUUCGGCUUCUGGGCUGCCUACCUGGCUGGCGGAGACACUGUCUACCUGGCCAACUUCACCCUGCCAGACUCUGAGUUCCUGAAGAUCUUCAAGCCCGAGGCCGCCUUCCUGCCCGAGUGGGUGGGCAUUAACGCAGACCUGUCUCCACUCUGGACACGGGCUGAGCCUUGAGAGCUGGGGAGACUUUCCGGAAUAGCCUGAUCUCUCUAGAGCCAGCAGCAGUCUGUGGCUCCAGAAGCCUGGCAUCUUCUGGAGAAGCUUGUGGCGUUCCUGAAGCCAAUGGGCACCCUUUUCCAGAGCGAUUCUAGUUGGGAGAGCUGGAGAGAAGGGGGACCUUUCUGGAACUGUCUGAACAUCUAGAACCAGCAAAAUGUCUUUUUCUGAUGGCUGGCAGGCAGUUCUAGAAGCCACAGUGCCCCCCUGCUCUUCCCAGCCCAUAUCUCGAGUAGUUCCAGAUGGCCGUGCCCAGGAAUAGAAAACUCUCCCUCUGCUCUUUUCUAUAAAAGGUUUACUGCUCCCCUGUGUCCUCAGAAGACUGAGGGAACACAUGGUUGGUCCAGAGCAAGCAUUCAGCAAGUCCCGUUCUGUGUUUCUGGAGUGAUUCUAGAAGGAGACUUGUUCUAGAGAGGGCCAGGUUUGAUGCCUUUGAAGAACCCUGCAGGGCCCUUCUGGAGGGGAUGGCGUUCUGGAAAUCCAGAUAACUAAGGUGAAGAAUCUUUUUGUUUUUUUGUUUUUGGAGACAGGGUCUUGCUCUAUUGCCCAGGUUGGAGUCUGGAGUACAGUGUCACGAUCAUAGCUCACUGAAACCUUGAAUGCCUGAGCUCAAGGGAUCCUCCUGCCUCAGCCUCCUGAAUAGCUGGGACUACAGAUGCACACCACCACACCUGGCUAAUUUUUGUAUUUUUAGCAGAGUCGGGGUUUCACCAUGUUGGCCAGGAUGGUCUCAAUCUCCUGACCUCAUGAUCCACCUGCCUCAGCCUCCUGAAGUGCUGGGAUUACAGGCAUGAGCCACUGCGCCUGGCCCAGCUAAUUUUUUUUUUGUUUGUUUUAUUUUUGUAGAGACAAGACCUUGUGAUAUUGUCCAGUCUGUUGUUGAACUCCUGGCUUCAAGCAGUCCUCCCACUUUGGCCUCCCAGAAUGCUGGGAUUACAGAGGUGGCCAAGUGAAGAAUCUAAUGAAUGUACAACUAGAAGCUCAGUGCCCAGCAUUGCUGGAAAGAUCGACAUGAAAGACAAACCAUCUCUAGUUGGCCAGCGUCUUGCUCAGUUCACAGUCUCUGGAAAAACUGGGGUAGUUGGUGAGCAGAGUGGGAGUCUGUCCAACCCGGUCCCCAGCCCCUCAAAGACUUUUUUUCCUUUGUUUUGAGCAGACAGGCUAAAAUGUGAAAGUGGGGUGAGGAAUCACUGCUCAAUGGUGCAGCUUCUGGAGCAGAACUUUCCAGGGAUCCAAGAACACUUCUUUUUUAAAAUCGUAAACUGUCGAGACCUACAUAUAUUGGCUCCAAGUUCAGGUUGCCACUCACAAUGAAGGAAGUUGGUCUUUCUCUGCAGGUGGCCUGCUGGGGGUCUGGGAUCUGUUUUCUGGAAGUGUGCAGGCAUAAACACACCCUCUUGUGCUUGUGAAAAGCUGGCAGGUGUUGUGCUCAUUGCUAAUCAUUGUCUGCCCCUAAACUCACGAAACCACUGCGUCUGGCUUUGGGCAGGUCUGGGAUAAAAGGAUCCAAAGGUAUGCAGACCUUGGACCCAGCUUCAAACCCAGGCAGGAGGGCGAGGUCUGGCCAAGGUGGACAGGAUUGUUGAGCUCUCAGGAGCCCCCUGCUGUUUUUUGGUGGAUGAAAGAAGAGUCAACUCUGAUCACAUCCCCCGUCUACUCAUCCCACCUCUAGGCUUCUCAGGGAGUUACGGUGAAAUUAUACAGUUACCGUACAGUUCCCAACUCAGCUGCUACAGGUAAGAGAGCAGGAGGUAUGAAUUAAAAGUCCACAGCACCAA